AUACAGGUCAACUUCUCUCUGGAAUAUGAUGAGCUCCGUCAAGUAAACGAUUGCUUUCCUCUUUUUCUUCUCGUAGAGGAGAAACUACACGAAUAGGAGAGGGUGGUUCGCUCCCUCUCCAUCGAUCUCUAGAAGUAGCUAGGAUUUUCAAGGUUAUUACUUCCGCAAAUCCUACUAGAUCCAGAUUUCGUCUUCGUGCUUCGAGUCGGGGUUUGUCAAAGAUGGAUAGCCUCUGGAAAUUGGGAGAUGAAUUCCGAGGUCAAACAAAAAAUUCAGAGGAUUAUCAAUGGUCUGUUAUGACCUCCAAGCUGGCUGAACUGACAAGGUCAAAAGUUGGCCGCCAAAAUAAUUUGGACUACCCGAAAAAUGUUAUUGAAGCUAAAGCAUACAACAAGGUUGAGUACCAUGAGGAUAACAAACUCGAUAGCAUCAAUCUUGGACUUAUGAAUCUGGAUCUGAAGAUAAAUGAUGCUCCUGUGAAGAGUCUCUUCCAUGGUGCUUAUAGCAUGAGCAAUGCGUACCAGAAAAACAAUGCUAACGAGAUCAAUAGCUUCAAGUUGGACUAUAUUAACAAGUAUGCUAAGAACUCUGCCAACAAAGAAGUCAACUACAAUAAGAAUGAUACUAACACUUACAGCAACAUCAAUGGCAACAGCAACUGCAACAACAAUGCUAUUGUUGACAAGAGGUUUAAGACAUUACCCUCAACAGAGAUGCUCCCAAGAAAUGAAAUUCUUGGUGGUUAUAUCUUUGUUUGCAACAAUGAUACUAUGCAAGAUGAUCUCAAACGACAACUUUUCGGAUUACCUCCUAGAUACCGUGACUCAGUCCGUGCCAUUACUCCAGGAUUGCCACUCUUUCUCUACAAUUAUACCACUCACCAAUUGCACGGGAUAUUUGAGGCUGCGAGUUUUGGGGGCUCUAACAUUGAUCCAACAGCUUGGGAGGACAAAAAGUGCAAAGGCGUUUCCAGGUUUCCUGCACAGGUGAGGAUUCGUGUUAGAAAGCUUUGUAAGGCUCUUGAAGAAGAUGCAUUUCGGCCAGUUUUAUAUCACUAUGAUGGCCCAAAGUUUCGCCUUGAACUCUCUAUCUCUGAGACUUUGCAGCUGUUGGACUUGUGUGAGAAAGAGGGGCAUAUAAGGCUCUAGCUAGCACAAUCUGUUCGAAGCAGAAAUCUCAAAAAUUGAGAUAGAAGGAUGCCUAAGGCCACCCAGGUACAAAGGAGGUUUAGUAUGUAUUAUGUGCUUGUUUGUAAGAAAUAAGGGGUAGCAUUAAUAGAUGUGCACCAACGAUGAUGAAUUCCCGGAAGAAUCUGGGACGAACGUAUAUUCUGUGGCUGCUUUGUUCUUCCCUUGUUGCGCAUCGGUGGUCUGUUUUGCCACGUUUCGUCUUAGUUUGGUUGCACUUGAUGCAAAAUGCCGUAUGUUUAUUGCUAUAUUUUACCCUUUAAAAAUUCAACUAGUUCUGUUUUCUAA